UUUACUUGCUCUGCAGACUCGCAACAAAAAGUCUUCUUAAGAGGCAGGGACAACUUUACAGCAACACCAAUUCUAGUGGAGGCGGAAACCAGGUGACUUUCACUUUGUACAACUGCAGACUAGAGUCCAAAGGCCUGAGACAGUACUGCAAUGUUUGUGGCUAUGGCUGGGACUAUCCUGAUUCUACCAACAGAGACAUCCCUGUGUGCUACCCAGAGAUACUCUUUGUCCGCUUGUUGGCAAUGGUUGUAAGCGCUGAUGGAUUUAGGUUAAGCCCCCUAGGACUUAUCCAUGUACAGCAGACCAUGAGAACUUCCCAACCUGUGGAUGAAAUAAAGAAAGGACCAUUUUUCCUUCAGGCCUCUGUGAAGGAGUACAGAUCUGUAGAAGUUGGUAUAGAGGUGGACAUUGUGUUUGAGCUAAAAGAUAGAGUCAAGGAGCUUGUUUGGGAAGGAAUCAUGACAUUGCUCUCAAGAGAUAUGAAGAAGUUCAACAGAAAAAAGCAACAUACCCAAGGAAGCUGUGAGCCAGAGGAAAUGAAAGUGAUUGAAAUAUUGGUACCUUGGUACACAGGACUCAAAUAUGCUUUUGCAUCUUUAGACUAUAAUCCUCAUCACCUUUUUUUACCAACGGCUAAGCUACUUGGGUAUAAAAGCCCCAUAGCUCACGGGAUGUGGAUGGUGUCUCGAUGUCUUGCUGAAAUAGAGAAGCGUGAAGGAACAGAUGCAAUCCAAGCACCUGUUUGCAUUAAGGUCAGGUUUAAGUGGCCCCUGCUCAUGCCUGGGAAGGUAGUAAUCAAAUACUGGGAAACUUUCUCGGACACAGGGACAUUGUCUCACAGAUUGUACCAGUUCAGAAUGGAGGAUAUUGGGACAAGGAUGCCUCAUGUGGUGGGAGAGAUAUCGGGAGUGGAGUCGUAUUCUAUAAAUGCAGAAAGUGGCCAAAGCAUGUCAGCUUAGUCCUGCUGCUUUGGAUCUGGAUCUAUAGCUUAAAAUGAGUUCAUGUGAAGUAGAAAAAAAAAAACAUUCAUUGGAGAUUUUUCAAAUUUGCAAAUUUUUAACAUUUUACCCAGUGAAUGAAUUAAUGCAAUUGAACAAGAAAAAAAAAAAAAAAGUGUUGAUGGAUACAUUUUUUUUAAAUUUGGAAAUACAAUCUACUUGUAAAUGCAGCUUUUGUACAUGGUGUGUUUUCUGUAUUAAAAAUGGUUCAAAAGCAAA